UCCCCCUACGCACUUGGUGACGAGCGGCGGCGGCACUGCGCCCUGGGAGCCGGGCGCCCGCUGCAUCUGCGGUUUAAUUAUUUUUGGAAAUCAAGUUCAACAUUAAAUGGAAACAGCACACAUUGUUGGAAGCCAUUUCUACUAAUUCUGAUGCACUUUAACUUAUGAUUUGAUUUGAAUACUGUCAUGGGAGGAGCUGUGAGUGCUGGGGAAGAUAACGAUGACUUGAUUGAUAACCUUAAAGAAGCACAGUACAUCCGCACUGAGCGAGUAGAGCAAGCCUUCAGGGCCAUUGACCGCGGGGAUUACUAUCUGGAAGGCUACAGAGACAAUGCUUACAAAGACUUAGCCUGGAAGCAUGGGAACAUACACUUGUCAGCACCUUGCAUUUAUUCCGAAGUUAUGGAAGCUUUGAAACUUCAACCGGGAUUAUCUUUUCUUAACUUGGGAAGUGGAACCGGAUAUUUAAGUACAAUGGUGGGCUUAAUUUUAGGUCCUUUUGGAAUAAAUCAUGGGAUUGAACUUCAUUCAGAUGUGGUGGAGUAUGCCAAGGAAAAGCUGGAGAGCUUCAUCAAAAAUAGCGAUAGCUUUGAUAAAUUUGAAUUCUGUGAACCCGCAUUUGUGGUGGGUAAUUGCCUUCAGAUAGCUUCUGACAGUCAUCAGUAUGAUAGAAUUUACUGUGGAGCUGGAGUCCAGAAAGAUCAUGAAAACUACAUGAAGAUCUUGCUCAAAGUUGGGGGAAUACUGGUCAUGCCUAUAGAGGAUCAGUUAACACAGAUUAUGCGGACUGGACAAAACACUUGGGAAAGUAAAAAUAUCCUUGCUGUUUCCUUUGCACCACUAGUACAGCCAAGUAAGAAUGAUAACGGCACAGCGGAUUCUGUGGGGCUCCCCCCGUGUGCUGUCAGGAAUCUCCAAGACUUGGCUCGUAUUUACAUUCGACGCACACUCAGAAACUUCAUCAAUGAUGAGAUGCAAGCCAGGGGGAUCCCACAAAGGGUUCCACCCAAGAGGAAAAGAAAGAGAGUGAAGCAGAGAAUUAACACUUACGUAUUUGUGGGUAAUCAGCUCAUUCCUCAGCCUCUAGACAGCGAGGAGGAUGAAAAAAUGGAAGAAGACAGCAAAGAGGAAGAGAAAGAUCAUAGCGAAGCCAUGAAGCAUGAGGAGCCACCUCAGAACUUACUGAGGGAAAAGAUCAUGAAGCUGCCGCUCCCCGAGUCUUUAAAAGCUUACUUGACAUAUUUUAGAGACAAAUAACUUAAAACAGGGAAGAAUGCCUACUGAUAAUUCCCUUACUCUUGUAAAUGUACUGUUUAUUAGGAGUUAGAGAGUUACUUCAUUAGAAUGAAUUAUUGCAGAGAAAAACUUAAGUUAUUUCUCUUAAUGGCAGAAAUUAUGUAUUCAGUGAUUUCAAAGAGUCUUUCCUAAAAUCUAUUUUUCUUAAAUCUUGAGGAAAUGCUGUUUUAGCUCAGUGAUCUCAAAGUGAAAUGCAUCUGUAGUCAGAACUUUGUGGACAGCAAUCCCCCUCUGGUUCUUCACAGAUUUGUAGUGUUGGGGGUUGGAUUUCUUUCUAUAAGAGGUUGAUACUUUGUUACACACAUAUAGGCUUAUUUAAAUUGCAGUUUGCAUUUCCUUUGUGAGAGCACGCUUAUCUAAUAAGGAAAGCAAAUGCUUGUAGACGUGCUUACCUUACUUUUGUUGUAGACAUACUCCGGGCAACAUAAUGAGUGCAAUAAUAAUUGACGAUAUUGAAUAAUUUAGCUUUAAAAACUGCAGACUUUAUGAAAUUUUGCAGGCCUGAAGCUUUUGCUUUUGAAUCUAUUGCCAAAAGAUAACAGAGAAAAUUCCCACUUCUCUCAUAGAGAUUUUAAGAGCACAGUGAAUGAAUAUUAAAGUAGGAAAUGGCUACUUAACACAGCCAGGUUGUGUGAGCCUUUUUGUGUUUCAGUAUUUACAGAUAAUGAGCUUAUCUUAACCCUAGAAUUUUAAAAAGUAGUUUGUUUAGGAUUGCUUUUCUGUAAUUAUAAAGUAUUAGAUUUGAAAAGACAUCCAUUGUCCCAUUUGCCUCUGAGUGCGGACAGUGAGUAAAUCAGGUAGGUGACCUUCAUCUAUUAGGUACCUUCAGUAGCAGGGGAGAUGACGUGGCCAGCUGAGGCACACCAUGGGACUUUUGGUUUUGUGGAUAUUUGUCUUUAACAAUGUAGGCCACGCUUGCUUCACCUAUUUUGAACCUUUCUAGUAGAAGCAGUCACGGAAGCUGUAUGGAGAUGUCUUUGUGUUAAAAUUUGGUUCAGAAUCAUAGUGGGAUCUCCGGGACCCACACUAAGCUCAUUUCCUCAGUUCUGUGUUUUGCUUCUUUGGUCAAAUGAUAAUGGCUUUCAUUUUUGUCUUAAUGUUACAUUCUUAACCUAUGCAGGUUAUCAGUGUUAAAAUAGGCGGUGCACACUUUUACUAGACCUCUCCUGGUAAGGCUUGCACACAGUUCUUCCUUGUUAAGCAGAUGUGAGAUGUGACCUACUUACUACUUAGCAUCACACAUAUUGUGUGUUUCUAAAGGGAAGAUUUCAAGUCUCAUUGAUUCUCAUCACACCCCUGUCAGAGCAGCUGCUUAGGUUUGCCUAAUCAUGACGAUUCAGAUAGUUUUAAACAACUCAGCUCCAGUAAUUCUUUAUACACAAAUAGUUGAAAUAAACAGGAAAUUGAUCCAAAUAAUUGAUAGUGUUUUAGUAAUGUGAAGGACAGGGUUAUGGGAAGAACUUAUUUGGCUCCUGGUGGAAUGGGCAAGUUCAAUUUUUCUUAAAAUAAUUAGCAAACUAUUAUUAAGAAAUGUCCUAUCCCGUUUCUAUCUGAAAAAGGAAAAACACUCUCCCUCCACCCCCUAAAGUGGUAUUUGGGGAUUAAAGCCCAGGACUAGGACCCCAUGCAUGCUAGGCAAGCACUCUGUGACUGAAAUUUAUCCCCAGACCAAUGAACUGUUAGGUUUAAAAUUUUGUAUUAGAAGUUUGAUCUUAAAUUCCUAAUACCCACAUGGUUUUAUCUGGGUAGAGUUUUCAUCUUAUCUGCCCAUCCUGUCUCCUACAUCUCUUUUGUUUUUUUUCUUGGAGAAAUUGUUAAUGAUAUAUUUGGAGAUGGCCAUUUAAUACUGUCUUCUGUUGACUUUGAUAAAUUAUACAGUAGAUUGUCUUGAUCAUUGUAUUUUUGUCUAUGAAAGCUGUAUGUUGUCCUUUUAAAUUCUUGAUAUUUCAGGUGUGACUUUAUGGUUGGCGUCUAAGGAGGAAUAAAUGAAAAUUUAAGGAAAGUAGUCUUAUCUAUUAACUUAGAUGCAUUGCACUAAGAAUAUUUGGGUUUGUGCUUAUUUUUAAUAAAGUCAUGUUUGAGUUUGGAAAGUAUACUUAAUGGGUGAAGAAGUAGUGAAUACAGAUGAAAUAAAAGUAAUUGAAGAAAGUAAUGAAAAAGUAAUCAAAAGAAAGAAACAAAAAUGCAAGAGAAAGUAAGCCAUAAGCUCACACCUAGAAUAGCACUCGAAGUCAUCAGGGUUGCAGAAGGACAGGUGUUUUUCAGGGAGCAGAAACAAAGGACAGUAUAUGAUCAUGGUGGGGAUAGGCUCAUGGGCUUACUUGCAGACAAACAUGCAUUCAUGUGAGUGGGAGGAGUGAGUGUGUGCUGCUUAAAAGCCCUGCAGCAGAUUGGCGACAAGGGCCUGAAGGAGUAGCCACCAUCACCAAAUGCCAAGAAUCCAGCCGUGACACCAGAGCUACCAAGGGUCGAAUUGAAAUCUGCACUACUCAGUGGUCAACAAUUGGUCUCUGGUAUCAAUAAAAUGUUAAAAUAGCAUACAUGAUUACAAUGAAAUAAAAUACAAUAAAAUACGAAAGUGUGUUGAUUGUUGAGGUGAAAGUAAAGAAACCUAAAUCAUUGGGAAAAUUGGAAAAUCGUGUUAAAUAAAUCAUAUCAUCACACAGCAUUA